GUUUAUCGAAACUCUGAUUACUGACCAAAGGUCAUAAGUUCAUCAAUGAUCUUACUGAUUGAUAUAUACAUAAUGGGUCCCGGAUCGGCCAGGAAGUCCCCAGCAUAAAUAUAAAGCUAUGCGCUACUGGAACCUACACCUGUGAUCUACAUAUGUAGAUUGGGCCUGAUAUCGUAGCAAACCAUAGUGCAAUCCAGACCGGCGGUAAAUCGCGUCAUAGGAACAUGGCACGCUCCCACCUAUUCCUAUUAGCCUCGAUCGGCCUUACGACGGCGACAGAUCUGAGUACGCUUCCCGCGCUCCUGAAGAACAUCUCGGCAGAUAUAUUUCCGGACCUGAAGGGAAUAUCCCAGGACAUCUAUGCCCACCCGGAGACCUCCCUCCAAGAAUUCCACGCCCACGACACCGUCGUGGACUACUUCACCACGACCAAGCCCGGCUUGUGGGAUGUAAAACCACACGUUUACAACCUCCCCACCGCAUUCCAGCUAGAUUUCGUGCAUAAGCCCGCCGGGUAUACGGGUUCCGAGGACGAGAUCCCCGUCGUCGGAAUCAUGGCCGAGUACGACGCCCUCAUCGGCAUCGGCCACGCCUGCGGCCACAACCACAUCCUACUCAACGGUCUCGCCGCGGCGAGCAUGGCGCGCCAGGCUCUCAUCGCCUUGGAUAUCCCCGGCCGGAUCCGCAUCCUAGGGACGCCCGACGAGGAGAACACGGGCGGGAAGGGGCUGCUGCGGGAUGCGGGCGCGUUCGACGAAGUGGAUAUGUGGAUGAUGGCGCACCCCACGAGCGCUAACGCCGUGCAGCCCAUGGGCGCUCGCGUCGACGCGCAGGCGAAUUUUGUGGGCGAUACGCAUGCCGAUGCCGUGAGGACUGCGUACGAGGCGCUCGUGCUGAUCACGGAUUUAGGGACUACUUUGCCCUCGGGCACGACGGCUACUCCUGUCGAGGACGUGGGGAUGUUCGCUAUCAACGUGGUGUCGCAGAAGAUUUUGCUUGGGAUCGCGGGACUAAGUCUGCAAGAUGUGAACGCGACUGUGGGCGCGCUUUUAGACAGCACGUAUAUCGGCGUCAACUACACCGUCGCGGAAGACGACGAGGUCGAAAAGGGGAUCGCGGUGACCAUGGAAGGACCCGGAGGCCACGCGUCUGAGGGGACGAAAAGUCCACUUAGGUUAAGUAUCGAGACAUUCCGCAAUUUGACGAACAGCGGCAAACAAGGCAUUUCGUUUUUCUUGCCAGGAAAUAUCACAGCUACGGAGCUGGACAUCACGAUAUCGGUUCGACCUCGGUAUACGAUGGAUCUGGACUCGCUCCUGAAAAACGUGACGUCGACAAUCACCUCCAAAGCCAAAAGCAUCACCACGGACCGGCCGUACCCGGCGCUCGAAGUCCUCAGUACCCCCGGCGACCGCUUCAUCAACCUGAUGCACGACGCGGACCACGACAGCCAGACGAACUGGAACUUCUCGACCAUCGCUCCCGCCGCCACCGACGCCGGUUUCGUACAGGACGCGGUGCUCGACCCCAGCACGAAGCAAGUCCUAAGCACGUUUAAAGCCGUGUUCCACCCGAACUUCGGUAUCUGCGAGCCCGUGGCCGGCGCUCCGUGCGGUUUCAACCACGAGCCCGAGUUUGAGCAGACCGCGGGGACGGAGUAUAGUUAUGGAAGAACAGAAAUCGUCGCCAGAGCGCUGGCGCAGAUCGCGGUUGAGUUGCUUGAUGAUAAGGCUUUCAUGAGGGAAGCUACUAAGCUUGUGAGGAAGUAAGUUGGAUAGGUAUGGUUUCAUGGCACAAAAGAAAAACCGGGUAUUCUAGUAUCGAAACUCGCAGCAACAAUGAGUUCCUGUUAUGUUAAGCAGGUAAGCUACGCGCAUAGUCUUACGGUUGCCAUGAAGCCAUCAUAUGUUAUACGCUAUUAUGGAGAACGCUUUGUUGUGUGAACAGAACCCCCCUUUACAAGCACCCCCGGCCGAAGGCGAUAAAGGCAUUAUUCUGUUUUCGACACUGGCGAGACGGUUAGUAUGUGC